AUGGCAGAAGGGCGCGAAGAUGAUUUUCAAAAUGCGAAUGGGGUUGCGACUGCUUCCACGCCCAAAAGGAAGCCUCCCAAGCUUCGACCUCCCAAGCUACGAAAGGGUCCAAUCUCAGCACCAGAAUCCACCAAUUCCGAUGAACAGAGAUUAAAUGGCAGUUUAAACUCUGCUAAAUCAAAUUCGAUUUCUUCAAACCCGGACAGCAGUUCUACGGGAAAUAUGCAGAACGGCAGACCGCCACCUUCACCUGAACCGACACCACAACCGGAACCACAGAAACAACGCACUCGACACCACCGAAGAACCCAUAGAACUUCGACAGAUUCACAGAGUCCAGACGAUGAACAAGAUAUUGAGCCCGAACAAAGGGACAAUAGAAGUUCAGAGCAGCGGACAGUACGAGAAAGGCGAGUAAGCCACGUACUCAACCCUCCAAAAGCUCAAGGUCAGGUAGAACGGCCUGGCGAGCUCGUUCCACAAACAGAGAAUGGCGCCGUCCAGCAAGUCACAGAGACUACUGAGGUAAAGCCUCAGUCGCAAAAGAACGAUCAGUUAAAGUUGAGGCUAGAUUUGAAUCUGGAUGUGGAAGUUGAGUUGAAAGCAAAGAUCAGAGGAGACCUCACGCUGCAAUUGCUGCAAUAA